CUUCCACUGCUGAGAAGUUCGGAGAUGUGUAUAAGGUCGAUAAAGUUUCCUGCGGGUUGUUUAUAAAAAAAACUCGCCAUCAUGUAGGCAACUUACGCUUCAGUAAGACGGGUUUGCAAACUGUUUUUAUUUGUCAUUAGGUGGUCAUCGAGUCCUUAUAUAGUCUCAUUAUAUGGCAGAAUCCGACACGGUGCUUGGAUUUAAUAGGCCUAAGUUUCGUUUUGUUUUACUUUCAUUUCAGCGCAGCAUUUUAUUCGAUACAAUCUGCGUUAGUUUUCAGCAUAAAUGUGAUGAAGAAGAUGCUUGCUCUUUUGGUAGGAUGUUUCUACCUAUUUCGAAUGCAUGGUGUGUCUAGUGAUGAUACAGACAAAGUGUCAGUGCUGGAGGGAGAUUCAGUCAUUCUACACACUGAUGUUGACAGAAAACAAGAAGACAGAAUUACAUGGUAUUUUAAUAACAUCCGUAUAGCUCAAAUCAACGGAGAUCAGAGUAAGAUUUGUACAGAUGUUCAGUGUCCUCAGAGAUUCAGAGACAAACUGAAUCUGACAGACAGAUCUCUUAUGAUCAUAAACAUCAACACCUCAGAUGCUGGAGUUUAUAAACUACAGAUCGCCAGCCGUAACAUCGAAAAGACCUUUAGUAUUACUGUCCGUGAUGUUUCUGCUGCUGAACGAGAUCAAAUGAACAGAAAGUCAGUGAAGGAGGGAGAAUCUGUCACUUUAAAUCCUGGUGUAAUAAAAACAAAUGAUUUGAUCACAUGGUAUUUUAAUGACACUCGUAUUGCUGAAAUCAAGGCUGUAAAUACCAGUACAAAUGUUCAUUCUGUUGCUGAUGAGACAUUCAGAGAUGGACUAAAGCUGAAUCAUCAGACUGGAUCUCUGAUCAUCACAAACACCAGAACCACAGACUCUGGACUCUAUAAACUACAGAUCAGCAGCAGCAGAUUCAGCAUCAUUAGGAGUAUCAAUGUUACUGUCACUGAAUUAGCAAGAGAACAUUUUUGUGCUCUUGUUCUUGUUCUUCUUCUGUUUGCUGUUGCUGCUGCUGCAAUUACCAAGUGCCAGAAAGGGAAAUAAAUAGCUUCCUAAUCAGACUGACACAUUUUUGGAGAAGCCUCCUAAGCAGACUGAUGCUGCCAGUGAGAUGUCAGUGUAACAUACUUUUUUUUUUUUUUCUCCAAAGGAAACAUUGGAGGAUUCCUAUUCACAGACACAGUGUCAUAAGAUUUCAGUAGAGAUUUUAGUAGUUGGUACUAAUAAUAGUGUUUUACCUUGGCAUCUUGACGACACUACCUACACACUACUUGCAUGACACUGCAGCAUUACUUUAAACCAGGGGUGGCCAAACUUGGUCCUGGAGGGCCGGUGUCCUGCAGAGUUUAACUCCAACUUGCCUCAAAACACCUGCCAGAACGUUUCUAGUAUGCCUAGCUGGUUUAGGUGUAUCUAAUUGGAGUUAGAGCUAAACUCGUCUGGGCCGAGUUUGGGCACCCCUGCUUUAAAGUGAAGUUUACAGCAGAAAUCCUUGAGAACUGAAAUAUUUCACUGUCCACAUUGUGUUUUUAUUUAUUUGCUAAACAAAGCUUUGUGGUUAAAGGCAGAAUGUUCGAAUCCUGCAGCAGUAAUCCAUGAAGUGUCACCAUUAGAUUCUGAAACUCAGGAACUGAACCAUGAAAUGCCUGACAUUAGUGCUGGAUAUAUGUAUUUACAUCAUAAUACUGUAAAAAAAAAAUUCCUGUAGAAAUUACAGUAAGUUACUGGCAAUUUUUUUUUUUUUUUUUUUUUACUAUAUUUUACUUGUAAAAUGUACAGUAAUUUGAUGGUCUUUUCUCCAGUAAUAUAUUGCAAUACAAGAAAAAAAUAAAAAUAAAAACAAGCAACGACCACUGUGUAACUUUUAAUGUUUUUAAUUUUUUAAUUGUUACCCUUGCAAUAACAUUAAAAAAUUCAGAUUCAAUUAAGACUGAAACAAAACAUUAUUACAAACUAUAUAUAUUACAGCACAUACCAUUUUAACACUUACAGCUAGAAAAUUCUUAAUUUCUUCUAAGCACAAAAUGAUAUGAUAACAGUGAACAGCAAUGACAGUGAAGCUUCAAGUAAAACUCAAACUUUUGUUACACAUAAGAAGCAUUUUUCAAAACUUUUACACAUCUCAUUUGAAGAUUUAAGUGAAUCACUGCCCACUCACUAUACCACUGUGUAAGGAGGACUUCUGGGAUUUCCUAAAUUGAACUUUCAACUUUUUCAAACAUUGUUUUUCCCAAACCUGCAGUAACAUUAAUACGUAAAUAUUGGAAUAUUACAGCAAUUUAAAAAAAAAACUUCUCAAGCAUGUUUGAAAUUCUGUUUACCACGUUUGAUGUACUGUACGUAUUUGGAUGAUCAGUGUUUGUAUGUGAAUAA